AUGAACUUUGUAGCUGAUCAACCACGGCCUUUGGACGACUUUAUCGCCAUAACAGGUCUCAAGAAGACGUACGCAAAGGAGUGUUUUGAUCGCUUUGGUGGUUACGCCCCGGCAUUGGCUUCAUUCGCACAAUCUUACGCUUUGCUGCCCAAGACGUACUUUGAUCGUCUAGAUGUUGCGAAAUCAAAUAAGCGGAUAAUUAACGAGGAACUAAAACUUAUUUAUAAGAGGGCAAGGAAGCUUCAGGCUCAGUUAAAAGAUAAGACUGUGGAAGAAGUCUGGGCAUCCUAUUAUACCACCCCAACCCCAUUGGCUAUUGCAACACAGUCCAAUCCUACAGUUGAACGAAGUAAAAAGGCAGUAAAGUAUUGCAAACCUUCACAUUUCACUGGACCACUUCUUUCAAUGCCUCUUUUUUGGAAAGAGGAAAUGGAAGGAAAUUGUUCCUUGAUAAACCUCAAUAAGGAAACACUUGAACACAGAGGAUGUGCUCUGCGCAAGAAAUUACUGCCUUGGGUAAUUGCGGCAGCCUCGCAUCGUAAAUCUGUUCAAUAUGUUGAAAUUGAUUAUGGUGAUGAAACUGUUCGUGGUAUCAUAAAGGAUGCAGAGCGUACCUUUUUUCAUCCUGAUCAUCGCAAAAAAUUUGUAGCUUUUCUUAAUGCCAUGUUUCAUGAAUUUAAAUCGUAUGAUCAGCCUAUGAGCUAUUUAGCUGGACUCUGUUUGUUAGUUUUAAAUGAGGAAGAAACAGCGGCGGUGCUUCGUUAUGUUUCAAGUAUUUCUCUUCCUCCCCUUUGGUCUAUGGAAGUUGUUGGUUAUACAACUGCUGCCUUGGUUGUGCAAAAUUUAAUUCAAACACCAUCUUCAUUAUGUAUAUCAGAUGAUAAAGAUGAAAAUACCUCCAUGUACAGUAUUUUGAAAUCCAUUCUAAAAGUAUUUUGCGUUGAAACAGUAAACGCAAAAGAGAUGUUUGGUUUCUUUGAGUUGUUAAUGAAGGAAAUUCAGGGCUUUUCAAAAAUCGAAAAUCAAAAGGUACACUAA